AUGUCACAUGCCAGGGAGGGACAGGGGGCCAUAGUUAAAUACCCAGUAAAUAAUACAGCCUCACGCACAGAUGAUCAGAUUGAAGUGUGUUCAACACCUGUCUCAGGUGUUCUCAGUCAAGACUUCUUCCAGGAGCAGGUGUAUGGAAUUGUAGGUAGUAAUGUGUCUAUUCCAUGCCGGGUGAAUGCAUCAGGAUUUGAACCAAGUCACACUCUGGUCACAUGGAAGAAGGACAAUAUGUUCCUGUUGUCAGCUACUGAAAUCACCGGGGAAGAUGAAAUGAAACUCUCCUACCUGGACCAAAGUCUGGCAACUGGAAACAAGUAUGAGGUGUGGACCACUUACAGUCUGGUCGUAUCCAGUCUUGUCCUUGGUGAUAGCGACAACUAUACCUGUACUGUGAUAGUGUUUACCGACGACACACAGAGUGCCGAGAAAACUCGUGAAACCAAUGUUACCUCACUUCUUGUACAAGAUGUUCCCACCAUCCCAGGGCGACCAGUCAUCACCGACUUGAAGUCGCGAAGCAUCACUGUCAGCUGGGCUCACAGUCGCAAGGAAAACAACAGUCCCAUAUUUUCUUAUGUUAUUCAAAUGAAGGUGGCGACUAUGGACUGGUUGAAUGCCCAGGAGAUGUCCACAGCAAUGUCUGUGAAGGAUCCACCCACCUGUACUUUUAUUAACCUCCUACCUUUCACAAUGUACCGGGCUCGUGUUAUUGCUGUUAACUAUGUGGGUCGCAGCAUGCCCAGUCAGGAGAGUGAGAUCUUCUGGACCAAGUCUGAAGCUCCAAGUGCAGCUCCUGAGAUCCUUGAAGCUAGCAGUCACAACAGCUCACAGAUUUUCAUUAAAUGGCGGCCACCUCUUGCCUCGGAGCUGAAUGGAGAACUUACAGGCUAUGUCAUAGAGUAUAAUGUUGAAGGCUCAAAUAUCCUUCAGACUGUCACCGAGGAGAAUAAAGACAAGACAAUAUUUUCAUCAUCACCAGACUUCAUUUAUUAUAUACUGUUUUACGGUAAAUCUUUCCUCCAGAACCUGACCAUCAUCAACCUGUUGCCCUUUAUGAACUACUACAUCACCAUUAGAGCUCAAAACAAUUUUGGGACUGGACCAUUUGCUGAUGUAACAGUCCGUACAGCCGAGGGACGGCCAUCGAAACCUAGAAUCAUUCAUACACUGAAUGUGAUGUCAACUUCAUUCAACCUGAGCUGGGAGGCUCCUAAAGAGAUGCGAGGGAACCUGUUGGGUUACGAGUUAGAAUGGAGUCACAACAACACAAUCAAAUCUAUGAUUAUCCGUAACCUGGGAGAUCGUGGAAAUACUCAACAUGAGGCUUACAUAUCUAACCUAGAACCCUACACUCAGUACAGGGUACGAGUGCGUGCCUUCACCGGAGGUGGAAAUGGAGAGUUCAGUGACUCUUACCCUGCUCUAACUGAUGUCACAGGUCCCGGCCAGCCGACUGGACUCAACGUCACUGUGACAGGUUCCAAUAGUGUGUUUGUACAGUGGGAACAACCAAAGAAGUUCUAUCGUAUAGUUAAUUACUAUGCCAUUGAAUACAAGGACACUAGCUCCUUCUUCCAUAAACCUCUUGUUGUGGAGGCACCCCAAAGUUCUGUGACAAACAAAUUACUGUUUUCUUACAUGCAGUUGAAUAUCACCAAUCUGCCUAGUAACCGAGUCUACAAGCUGCGAAUGGCUGCCAUCACCAAGAGCAUUGUUAAACAACAGAAAUACAGUGGACAGUAUCAUCUUGAAGACUUUUUCUAUCUACAAGAAAACAAUACCACUACAGAAGAUCCUGCUGCCAUGGAAGAGGCCAAUCAGGAAAUCAUGUCAGCGGGUAUUGUGGCUGGGAUUGUAUGCGGCCUUUUGUUCAUCCUCUUGUUUGUGCUUGUGUUUAUCGCAUGUAGGUCGUUAACAUGCAGGAAGUACUACCAGGCUGCAUUUGACUACUUUGCUGUACCAACCAAUAACAAUUCACCACCGACUACUGUGAUCAAUAUACCGGAGCCAUUAGAGGAGAUCAGUUAUCAGCCUAUACCGGUGGGGGACUUUCUUCAACAUGUCAAGUCUCUACAUGCUGAUAGUGAUGUUGGAUUCUCACAGGAAUUCGCUGAUAUAAACAAACAGACCUGUGGCUGGACUAUACGUGCCGAUGCAUCUAACCAACACGAAAACAAGUCUAAAAAUAGAUACAUCAACAUUAUAGCUUUUGACCAUAGUCGCGUCAUGUUGAAACCCAUCAAUGGCCGCUUGAGAAGUUCAGAUUACAUUAAUGCUAAUUAUGCAGAUGGAUAUAAGAAACCAAAAGCCUAUAUUGCUACCCAAGGCCCUCUUCCCUCAACCUUUGCUGACUUCUGGAGGAUGGUUUGGGAACAAAACUCUGUUGUCAUAGUGAUGAUAACAAAAUUGGUGGAGCGUGGCAAAAGGAAGUGUGACCAGUAUUGGCCUGAUGAUGGUAUAGAAUUAUAUGGACCUAUCCAGGUCAAGCAUCUCAACACGUUUUCUCGGGCUCACUACACUGUCAGGAUGUUUUCAUUGAAAAACACCAAACUUAAAAAGCAAUACUCUGAACGGAUAGUGUAUCAUUUCCAUUACACUGAGUGGCCAGAUCAUGGUGUUCCAGACUUCACAUUACCAGUGUUAAAGUUUGUACAGAAGUCAGCAUACAUCAACCCCCCAGGGGCAGGACCAAUAGUAGUUCACUGUAGUGCUGGUGUGGGUAGAACUGGGACCUACAUCCUUAUAGACAGUAUGAUAGAAGAGAUGAAAGAUAAAGGAACUAUUAAUGUUGCUGGAUUUCUCCUCCACAUACGACGGCAACGAAAGUUCCUUGUUCAAACAGAGGAGCAGUAUAUGUUGAUACAUGAUGCCAUCGCUGAGUAUAUACUUAGUAAUGAUACAGAAAUCAAACAUGGCGACCUGACAGGAUACAUAGACAAAAUCUCACAACUUCAUGACAGUGAGAAGGAGACUGCCCUGGAGAGGCAGUAUAAGCUGGUGACAGCCUACAAACCAAAGGACACGGACAAGUUCCCAGCCAAUAAAAAUAUCAACCAGAACAAGAACAGGAACAAUGAUUUAGUUCCAUUGACAGUCAAACGAGUACCUCUACCUGCUAAACCAGGUGUGGAUGGAUCAGACUACAUCAACGCUACAUACCUGCAGGGUUACAACAAGACGGAUGAGUUCAUUCUGACGCAGCACCCCUUGGAGAAUACAGUGGAAGACUUCUGGAGGAUGGUAUGGGACCAGAACUCUUCUGUUGUCUUCCUCCUCUCACAGCUUGAUGACAAGGAGUAUAAGAGGUUCUGGCCGGAGAAGGAAUCACCAAUGGCCAUAGGUACUGGUCUGUUUAAGGUAGUGUUUCAGGAGGAAGAAGUGCUAGCCCGCUACACUGUCAGGGAGUUCCUUCUUGAGUCCACACAGGAUGACUAUGUGUUGAUGACACGGAUCCUGACAUGUGAUGGAUGGCCCCAGAAGGAGCAGACCUUGUGGAAGGCCUUUGACAUGAUAGAGACGGUUAAAGACCUCCAUAAACAGAAUGAUAUUGGACCUGUUAUAGUUGUGGACAGGUACGGAGGAGUGGAAGGCUGUGUGUUCUGUGCCCUGUGGUCACUACAUGAUCAGCAGAUUCAUGAUAAAGUAGUGGACAUUUAUCAUCUGUGUAAACUGUUCCACCUGAAACGACCAGGCAUCAUAGGAACGCUGGAGGAUUACCUGUUUCUGUAUAAAGCCAUGGAGAGCUAUAUCCAGGACUGUAGUGAAAAGGAAUCAAACAAUCUCUCUCAUCACUUACAUUUACGGAACUCUUCUAAGAAAAAUGGCACUAUGCCACGUAGUCCUACGUUAUCACAAAAGGCAGAGACAAUUGUGUGACACAUUGUGAAAGAGUGAUGUGCCUGUGGUUACCUGGAGGAUGGGCUCUGUUGCUGUUGUGAUGCAUUGUUGUUGUGAUCAUCCCUGGAUGUUCAUUCUUCGGUGCUUUUUCAGUCUUAUUUCUGCUUAAGUUGUCGUUAUUGGUGAAACUUUCCAUCUUCAUCCACUGACUGGGACCAAGUCAAGUUACACUUGGUUUAUGUAUACCUACCACUUAGGUUUGUGACAGUGUGCCAACGUCAUCCACAUAUACUACUACCUAAGUUUGUGACAGUGUGCCAACGUCAUCCUUAUAUACCACCGGUACCUACUACCUAAGUUUGUGACAAUGUGCCAACGUCAUCCACAUAUACUUACUACCUAAGUUUGUGACAGUACCAUCUACCAGUAGGUUUAUGACAGCGUGCUGCGGGAUCUAUGUAUUCUUACUACUUACAUUUGUGACAGUGUACAUGUAGAUCCAUAUUUACUCAUCGCAAGGUCUACAACAGUGUGCCAACCUUGUCCAUUUAUACCUGCUACCUAGGUUUGUGAAAGUACCACCCAUCAAUAGGUUUAUGACAGCGUGUUGCCCGAUCUAUGUAUACCUACCACCGAGAUUUACGACAGUAUGUCUGCGUGGUCCAUGGAGAUCUUCCACCUACUGGUAGGUUUUCAACAGUGUACCUGUGGAAUCUAAGUAUACCUACCACCUAGGUUUGUGAUCAUGUACUUGAGGGUCCAUGUAGACUUACAUUUACGAUAGUGUGCCCACAGGAUCAAUGUAUACUUACUGCCAAGAUUUACUUCAGUGUGCCCGAAUCAUUCCUCAGUAUACUGCAGAACUGAAACUCUCACCUAACUAAUCAAAGGCGAGUGGAUCACAUGCCCUCCAAACUGGACUGGUUUGACCAGUUAAACUUGUGCCAUUUGUGUGUGGGGAAAUGACUGGAAUAGUGACAGUUCUGCCCUUCUAGACCACACUUUCCUUCCCAGCAGUGUACAACUUCCUGUAGCAGAUAACAUGACUGACAAGAAGUCAGAACUCAGACCGGAUCACAUUAGUCCCUACCGGACAUAGUCUAUAUCAACCUUACGACAAUUAUUUAAGGGGUACAGACAUUGUGUUGUGAUGGAAUAAACAAUUGAAAUGUCUGUUGUAUAUCUUCUGCUAUAAGUAACGGCUUAAUGCUUUAAUAGAGUACUAUCCAUAUUUGCCAAGAGAGAUGUUUUUCAUUGUCAUUUUAAGAAUAAUGUUAAAUGUGUUUGUUGCUUAUGUUAUAAAUACCUGCAGGUUAUGAUCCAAGUACACAUCAUAAAUAUUUACCUAAAGUUAUAUAACUUCAGUCAGUUUCUCUUGACUUGUCAUUUCAAAAUCAGGUAUCAUGGUGUAUCAUGUAACAUACAUGGAGGGUCAUGUGACAAGGAAUAUCAUGUGACAUGCAUUUAAUUGUAUGACAUAGUUCAUCAUGUGACAUGCAUGGAAGGUCAUGUGAAUUGAUAUAUCAUGUGACAUGCAUUAACUUUGUUGUGAUACCAUUCACAUAGUUAAUGUAUCACAUGAUUUGGUUAUACAAUUUAUUACAGAUACAGAUGUAUACAGCCUAAUGCUGUAUCAUGUAUUUUUGUUUAUGUUUUCAUUAUCGUCCUACAAAAGCUUUUUUUCCAUCAGACUUUGACAUAGAGAGGUGUCUGUUCUAAAUGAAAUACCAAACCAAAAUGUGCCAAUAUCCCAAAAACUAGUACUAAAUCUACCCUAGAAGUGGAUAUCUUCCUGCCAAAUCAUUACCAGAUGGUCCUUACUCUAUAGGACAUGCCAUGUAGUCACCAUGUGUGUUGUAGGACCAUGUAUUCAUUCUAAUUUAACCAAACAUUUUUUCCUAUUCUGUGAAUGUGUGGUGAAUAUAUUUUUCAUACCAUAUAAAGAAUGUCAGUGUCUAUAUUUACCAUCAGCAUAACCUACCUGGUAAACCUUACAUUGUAUAUACUAUUGACUCUUACAAUACAGAUUGCUUCAUAAAAUCAUGUAUGAAAAAUCUUACAUCACACUAUAAUUUGGUGAAAAAAUACCCUGAGAUCUGAUUAUAUAUCCUACACUCCUCCUAUGACAUAAUCAAGUUUUUUACAAUAAUCAUUGAUACUGAGCUAGCAAUUUGUUUUUUAUGCUAUUGGUUCUUCAUGAAGAAAAUAAGAAUUUGAAAAUUUGGGUAUGAUUAAUCUAUUGCGUAUCAAUAUCAGCUUAAAAGGAGUAAAAAUUCUGUUUUUGUGAACAAAACUUCGGAGAAUAUAUCCUGAAUGCUUACGAAACUUAAAUUCAUGUGAACAUUCUGGCUAUUUAUGUCAUGUGUGAGCUAUUAGUGGAUUGUUAUAUAGCUGACAUGCUGAAGGGAGAUUUAUUUUAUCGUUUUUUUCUCAGGACUUACAAAAUGCUGUUUUAUUGCUGUAGGUGUAAACAUAUAGAUUUAUCAAAGAGUAUUUAUGUCACUUAUUCAGAUGCUGAAUGACUUGUACAUGUGAAUUGUUCCUGAUCAAAAGUAAUACAAUGAUGAUCAAAUAUAUACAUACGCUUAAUGAUGAAACCUUGAUGAUGUAAUAUGUAGCCUACCAGUGUUGUAAAUGUGUAUUUAUAAAUACCUGUUAACUAUCAGCAAUGAAUAUGUUAGAGAAUUAUAAGAAAAUCAGCCAUCAAAGGUAAUUUUUUAUAAAAAAACCAGAUGAGUAUUAAUAUAUGAUGAAUAAUGAAAUUAGAUAAAUUUCUUAUCAGUAUAAAGUUAGCUUAUGAUAGAGUAUAAUUUUUCAGUGUACAGUUAGUUCACAAAGUAGUAAACUAUUCUUAGACUUAUUUUGGUAGGUUAAUGAAUAGAAUAUUGAAAUUCUUUAUUUCA